CUUAAUUAUCGUUAAAAAAUAUAAUCUCAUUUUUAGCGCCAUCUACAAUAGCGCCAAAGUUGUAUUAGCGGUUCUUGACGUUCGUGCUUCCGCGUUAAAACACACUAAAUUUUACUACGAAAAUGGCUGAUAAAGACGCCGUUGAGGAGCGGGUGAUUAAUGAAGAAUAUAAAAUAUGGAAGAAGAAUACUCCCUUCUUGUAUGAUUUGGUGAUGACACAUGCCUUGGAAUGGCCAAGUUUGACAGCUCAGUGGUUACCGGAUGUAACAAAACCAGAAGGAAAAGAUUACUCAAUUCAUCGGCUGAUUUUAGGAACACACACAUCAGAUGAACAGAAUCAUUUAUUGAUUGCAAGUGUGCAACUUCCAAGUGAAGAUGCACAAUUUGAUGCUUCUCACUAUGAUAGUGAAAAAGGAGAAUUUGGAGGUUUUGGUUCAGUUAGUGGAAAAAUUGAAAUUGAAAUCAAAAUAAAUCAUGAAGGUGAAGUUAAUCGAGCCCGAUUUAUGCCUCAGAAUCCAUGCAUCAUUGCCACAAAAACUCCAUCUAGUGAUGUUUUAAUUUUUGAUUACACCAAACAUCCAUCAAAACCAGAUCCUAGUGGUGAAUGCAAUCCAGAUCUCAGACUUCGUGGUCAUCAGAAAGAAGGCUAUGGAUUGUCAUGGAAUCCCAAUUUGAAUGGGCACUUACUCAGUGCUUCUGAUGAUCACACUAUUUGUCUGUGGGAUAUCAAUUCUACUCCUAGAGAUAAUAAAAUUGUGGAUGCAAAAACUAUUUUCACUGGUCACACUGCUGUUGUGGAGGAUGUUGCUUGGCAUCUCCUUCAUGAGAGUUUAUUUGGAUCUGUUGCUGAUGACCAAAAGUUAAUGAUCUGGGAUACCCGUUCUAACAAUACAAGCAAACCCAGUCAUACAGUUGAUGCUCACACAGCAGAAGUAAAUUGUCUGUCAUUUAAUCCUUACAGUGAAUUUAUAUUAGCUACAGGCUCUGCUGAUAAGACUGUAGCUCUUUGGGAUUUACGUAACUUGAAAUUGAAGCUUCAUUCCUUUGAAUCGCAUAAGGAUGAGAUUUUCCAGGUUCAAUGGUCUCCACACAAUGAGACCAUUUUAGCAUCUAGUGGCACUGACAGGAGGUUGCAUGUCUGGGAUCUUAGCAAGAUAGGUGAGGAACAAUCACCUGAAGAUGCGGAAGAUGGACCUCCUGAAUUACUGUUUAUCCAUGGUGGUCACACCGCUAAAAUUUCUGACUUUUCAUGGAAUCCUAAUGAACCUUGGGUCAUCUGCUCAGUCUCUGAAGAUAACAUUAUGCAAGUGUGGCAGAUGGCUGAAAAUAUCUACAAUGAUGAAGAGCCGGAAACUCUUGCCACAGAUCUGGAGCCUGCAACAACCUGAGAUGUAUAAACUUUUCAUUUACAUUUUAUUUAUGCUUUUAAUUCAUUCUUUAAAAAAGGGAUAUUUUAAAAGUGUAUAUCAGCCUUAUUCAAAUUUAUCUCUGAUGUGUACACAACUUUGAUAAUAAACAUUUUCAUAAUUAA